AUGUCCGGAUUUGCAGCGGCGGGUCUCGUAGCUUUCGACUCCCUCAAGACGAAAGCAUCAUUGAAAUUAUCCGAAUUCAGAAGAACUACCGGCGGUUACGAGGAGUUUGAAACUACACGUGAGGGUAGUAAAGAUAACAAGGGAUUCGAGGAUGAAAGAGGAUACAGCGCGCAGCCUUCGUUCGAGUCGCUUCCAGAGCCAGAGAGACCACCGUUGCGUCAUAUCGAUACUUAUUGCAUGCCAGAAUGUCCGUGUCUUUCAAAGAGGUAUACCAUCGCAACGCUAGCUUGUGUAGGAUUUAUUAUUUCGUUUGGCAUGAGAUGUAACAUGGGUAUGGCCAAGCUUGUCAUGAAAAAUACUACGGAAGGCGAAAACCACACUAUCAGGUUCAAUUGGACGAUCGGCAUGGAAAGCGCCCUUGAUUCAUCAUUUUUCUGGGGUUACCUAGUAACGCAAGUGCCCGGUGGUUUUCUCGCAUCGUUAUAUCCUGCUAACAAAAUAUUUGGUGCAGCCAUCGCGAUGUCUUCUUUUUUGAAUUUGUUGGUACCCGGCGCACUGAACGUAGACCCUGUCGUUGACAUGGGAGUACAAGUAUUGAAAGGACUGGUCGAGGGUGUCACGUAUCCAGCGUGUCAUGGUAUUUGGAAAUACUGGGCACCACCACUAGAAAGAUCGCGUUUGGCCACAUUAGCGUUUUGUGGAUCGUAUGCUGCAAUGGUGAUAGGUAUGCCGCUUUCUGGAUACUUGAGUUUCUGGUUUGGCUGGACAGCGUCCUUUUAUUUCUACGGCAUGUGCGGGUUGAUUUGGUAUGGCUUCUGGUUGUGGUUGGCUUUUGAAAAGCCGUCGAAACAUCCCUGUAUCUCAGCUCGUGAAUUACGUUACAUCGAGGAUUCGCUCGGACAAGGACAAGCGCAAGCACCUGUACCCACGCUGGCGACGACUCCCUGGCGCAAGUUUCUUACAUCAAUGCCGGUAUAUGCCAUCAUUGUCGCUAAUUUUUGCAGAUCCUGGAACUUUUAUCUGCUGGUACUCUUCCAACCACGCUUUAUGCACGAAUCUUUUGGCAUGCCUCUUGUCGAGACCGGAGUCAUUGGAUCGCUUCCACACUUAAUGAUGACGAUGAUUGUACCUUGCGGUGGUUUGCUGGCGGAUUAUCUCCGUAAACGUGGCAUCAUGACAACGACGAAUGUCAGGAAGGUUUUCAACUGUUGCGGUUUCGGUAUGGAAGCACUCUUCUUCCUAGUGGUGGCUCAUGCAACGACAUCUAAAAAUGGAACUAUGGCUACGGUCGCUCUUGCGAUCGGGGUCGCGUGCAGCGGUUUUGCCAUAUCUGGCUUUAAUGUUAAUCAUCUCGACAUCGCGCCAAGAUACGCCAGUAUCUUAAUGGGCAUGUCCAACGGGAUUGGCACCAUCGCUGGUCUGUUAGUUCCUUUCUUCGUGGAUAAUAUCACGGAGAAGAAGGAUCUACACAGCUGGCGAAACGUUUUUAUCAUAGCUGCAUGUGUUCAUAUUUUUGGAGUGACGUUCUAUGCUAUUUUCUGCUCCGGCGAGUUGCAACCCUGGGCUGAUCCCACUUUAGAAGAGCAAAAAAGGUGGAAUCCUAUGGACGAAUUGGGCCAGACGAAACCACCCGUUCCACCUCCACCGAAAACUAUGCAAUCCGAAUUUAUAAAGCAACCGUCCCGAGACGGAAGCGUCACUGAUGAUUGGAACUACAAGCAGUCAUCGGUUGAAAAUCAUCUGCAGUAUGCACAACAGGAUAGUAAUGCUUCCGUGAAAAACUACGGCUCGACAGAAAGCAACAGCAGUAAUCCAUUUCGCUCAACAAAUCCAUUUGCUAGCGAAGUUAACGCGUCUUUCGUGCAACCACCGGCAACGGACGACCACACAUACGACAUCGUGCACAAUGAACAGUGGAACUGA